CAUCUCACAGCCAAUUCCAACCCGUCAAAAGCAGUCCCUUCUAUCGCCACGCUCUCCCCUUCUCCUUUUUAUCAACACCCCUUCUCCCUCCCUUCUCCUUACCCUCUCUCUCUCUCUCUCUCUCUCUCUCUCUCUCUCUCGCCAUUAAUUGCAGUAGUUUGCAAAUGUCUCAGGACGACACAAAAUCGCCCAAGCACUGCGCCCAGAAAGGAGUAAACAUCGAGAAGCUCUCGAAGAAACUGGUCUUUGCAUUCUCCACCUUCUUCCUCUCAUUCCUAUCACUCAUCUUACUCGUUUGGCUCAUCCUCCACCCAUCCAAGCCCCGCUUCUCCCUCCAAGAAGUCGGCAUCACCCAGCUCAACCUCUCUGCCGGCUCUCACCUCCUUAACUCCUCUAUCCAACUCACCCUCCUCUGCACCAACCCAAACAAGAAAGUCGGGGUCUACUUCGACGAGCUCCAGGUUUACGCCUCUUACAAGGGCCAGCAGAUCACUUCCCACACUCGGCUUCCUCCCUUCUACCAAGGCCAUGAAGAGACCAACCUGCUCACGGCAUCGCUGGCCGGAACCGGCCUGCCGGUGACGUCUUCCUUUGGUUACGAGGUUGGCCGCGACCAGACCACUACCGGGAAGCUGGUGCUGAGUGUAAAGGCCGAUGGAAGGCUGAGAUGGAAGGUGGGUACCUGGGUUUCUGGGAGGUAUCGGUUCAACGUUAACUGUGUUUCUAUCUUGGAUUUUGGAGCAACCAUUCCUUCGGGUCCGCUGAUAUCUAAGCAAGGGUCUCGGUGUUCCGCUACGAUCUGAAGUCAGAUUAACAGGAAUGGGAGAAUAAUCAUAUAUAUAUAUAUACAUAUAUAUAUAUAUUCUUUCUUGUUGCUUCGAUGUUUUCCUGUCUGUGAUGAUGGUUUUGCCUGUGUUAUUUGAUUGCAAAUAAGUGAUGAAUGAUAGAGCUGAAAUAGAAAUUAUAUAUACAUAGAUAGAUAGUAAUUAAUGAGAAGCUUGUUUGGAUUGUUCGUGGCA